UUUGUUUUUCGGUUCUAGUAGUUCAUUUGUCACUUAGUAAAGAUUUAACUCGCCAGAGUGUGUUAAAUGCUGCAAGCAGACAUUGUAUUGUUCAAAAGCUUUGAUUCAAAAUGGCUGCAAGUGGUGAAACGGUGAUAGACCUGUUUACAGCAAUCUGAGCGGCAAAUUGGUGCAAUAACGAGGUUAAUUAGCAUUAUUACCUACAUUGUGAUGUGAGAAGGGCUUCUUCAUGAAAGUUUUGCUGCACAUUGUAACUUAGAAUGAUAAUAUUGAAUUCUUAGAAACCGUUAGAGAAACCUUUUUCAGAAAACGAGAUAAACCAUGUCUGUGCAGUGAGCAUCUUGUUUAUGUAGUGCAACAUUGACUCUUAGAAAACUUUGUAUCGAAAGUUUGAGAAGUAUUAUAUUGUGAACUCUAGUGAUUAUGGAAAUAUUGUAAUGUGAUGCAUUAGUGUGACGCAGGUGGUUUCAAAUUUCGCAGUGCUUGAAACUGGAACCUAACGUUCGUUUUCAUCAGAUACAAUGAGUGAAAAUGUGGAAAUUAGUUAUCCUAGUGAGGAGUGUUAUGAAACUACAGGCGUUGAAGCAAUUGCAGUUGUAGAUUCUGCUGUAUGUUCGGAACCAACAGCGCCUGAUAAUAGUUCGGAGAAAAUUGAUACAUUCGUUGCAGAUAUAGGAGACAAGUGUGCAGUAGAGAGUUUGAAUGUUACGGAGAGUGAAGUUCACACUACACAGAGAACAAAACAAGGGACAAGACCAGAAGUGGCGCCAAAGAGGCGGCAGACUGUCUUAUGGGAACCAUUGCUUGUACCAACAGAAGUGGAUGGGAAGUAUGAAAUGGUAACUGCAUUAAAAAGAGUGGAUUCUGAUUAUAUUAGUGCCCCGAGAAUAAAUCCAAGAAUAGUUGGAGCUCAAAUAGUAAAAGAUGCAAAUCUUUCAAUAUCUCCAAGAAUGGAAAUACAAAAUGUGGCGUACUCAAACCCUUCAUCAAAAGUAAUUGGUACCAAAGGCUCCACUGAUCUUGAAUUUAAACGUGGUGUUAAGAAGGAAAUGGCUAAAAAGAAAGUACCUGAUAUAAAAAUUAGUGAGCAGAUGGGGAAAGCUAUCGCAGAGAAGGAAGCUGCUAUUUUGAAAGAAAUUGAGAAGGCCAUGAAAGAAGCUAAUGUAAGAAAUAAAACAGUAUUGUCAGAUAAAAGUGCAAAAAUGAAAACUCCUUCUAAAAUUGUUCCAUCUCAAAAUGUUAAAAAGAAGGAGUCUCAUGAUGCAGUCUCUCAUUCAGACACUAGUGAAAAUUCUGAGUCUGAGAGAGAUGGUAAAAUGGUCCCUAGCCCUCAAAACAAAGAUCUUUCUGCUGUGACAAGGGUGCAGAAUGUUUCAAACUUAUCAAAAUCAAUUUCAUCAUCUGGAAUAAGUUUAGCCACCAAAGAAAUGCAUGGAUUGAGUAAAGUGCCAACUGUUCUUGGAAAAGUAGUUGCAACCCCGUCACCUGCUGGGAAACCUCUAACCAAAGAAACACAAUCCACAAAUAAAAUGUUGCAAGUUCCAAGGACAUUAAUGAUUUCAUCUGCAGGUGGGACUGUACCUAAGGAUGUUCAAGCUAAAAAUAAAAUUAUGUGUGGCCCUGCUACAGUAGUUUCAUCUCCUACUACAACAGCAGUAAUUACCACCAGAGACACACAUGCAGUAAAUCAAGUUAUUGCACUACCUAUAAAUACAAAUUCUAAUCCACAAACUUUAACAGAAAUAUCUCCCAAUACUGGUCCUAGAAUUCUAUUUUUAGCAUCUCCAACUGGUGGUUUACCUCUUCUAACACCAAUAUUGCCAACUACAAGUAUACCAAUUAUCCAGACUCCUGUCAGUGCACCUACCAUGACCUUCCCAAGAGGGGCAAUGGAAAUUGUUGAGUCUCCGCGAAUCACUACUUCCAGACCUAGGAAGGAGAAGGAUUUGAGUUUUGCUGUUCCAGAAACUGGCCUUCAAAUUAUUAACCCUGAGUCUUUGAGCAUGAAGAAUUCUGACAUCUCGAGAACAUCUUCAAAGAAGCCAGGAUCCUUUAGGAAAGGAUCUUAUGACGAGAAACUAGCAGCUUUAUCAUCUCAUAAUAUUCAGUUGUCAUCUGCAGUAAAGGUGCAACAGAAACACAACAAAGCACAAUCUCCAUUACAUAUCACAAAAGGAAAUAAAAACAGCAGUAAAGAAAGUGGAGAUAAAAGUGCUUUGAUUGCCUCGAAAGGCAAAUCUGGAAAUUCUGAAGUAUCAGAAAAGCAGGACGGGACUGUAAAAUCAACAGCUGUCACUAAUAUAACAGUAAAUGGGAAAACUGCUGCCAAAAAAACAUCGAUUCAGAAGAACGAUUCACAGAUGAGUGUGAAAGAUCAGCAGAAAAUUGACUGCAAUGGUGAAAAUAUGGAUAUUGAUGAUGAAUCGGUUUCAGAGGAAUUAGACCAAGGAUUUGUUGAUGAUACUCGAAACGUUAACUGUCAAAAUUCUUCUGGAAAAACCAAAGAUGUAUCUGAUUUAGAAGAAAAAUAUAGAGAACAAAAGCAAAGGAAGUCAUCCAAGAAAUCUUCACAAAGUGAAUCGAAUGAUCGUGACUCACAGGAUAUGUUGGAAAAGCGUUUGGAAAAGAUUGAGCAAUUGUACAAUGAAAUACCAUUGUCGAAACCUCGAUUAUCAUUUUCUGAAGAGGAGUACAGUAAAAUGCGAGAUGGUUUCCGAGAUAGCAUGCGCACCAUUAAAUCAAUAACCGCAUCAUUUAAUGAUCUAAUCAGUCAGUCUUCAUCUCUAAGUUGCAAAGGUCUUGUUCAUUCUUCAAGUCAGACAGAAACAAUUGUAGAAACUCAUUCUUCAGGAUUGAAUGCUAACCCAGUGAGUGAUGAGAAGUCAGAGAUUGUCGAUAGUGACCUCGAGCUGUGUCGUUUGUGUGGUGGAUUCUUUGUAGCAGACUCUCUCAUUUCUCUAUUCGGUAAACUCAGUAAAACAAAAGACCUGUUAUCUAUGUGGACCACAAUUCUCCCUCAGACAACUCCUGUGAAGGAAGAUGAUGGUUUGCCUCAGCAGGUCUGUGAGGCUUGUAUAGAAAAACUCACCCUUUGUCACAGUAUAAUCAGUCAGUUUCUGCAAGCUGAUAAAGAACUGAGGCAAGUUUUACAAGAUGAGAAACCAUUUUCAACGGGUUCUGAAGAUGUAAGUUCAGAGGGCACAAGUGUUGCACAUCCUCGGGAAAAAGAACUAUCUUCUGGAGAAAUUGUUUCAACUGCAGUUGACAACUUGUAUUCACAGCAAAGUGAUUUGGAAACCCAAAGUUGUACAAAAGAAAGUUCAAAUGAAGAAUGUUUGAAGGUCAGUGAGGAACCUACUGUUGAGGCUCAUGGUCAGAAGAGAAGACAUGGUCAUUCAGAAAUUGAGUGUACAAAUACUGACAAAUCUACCCCCAAUUCAAAACACAAGAGAAGACGAAACAAAUCAUCUAACGAAAAUGAAUCUCUUCAUGCCACUGAAACUUCUGCUCCUUCUGGGUCAUCUUCAGGAUGUAUUGACUUAUCGCGAUUGGAUCCUGAAUUUAAUGAUGGCUUUGAAGUUGAGUGGUGUUUAGAUGAAGAAACAAUUCGAUCAUCUAUGGUCCCAGAGGAAGAUGUAAGCCCUGGUUUAAGUGAAGACACUGCAGUUUCUACUCUUCGUGUUACAGCUAAUGGAGCAAGUGAAUCUGGAAUGAAUCUUUCUGCUGGACCUGAAGGAUGUGCUGAAUCCCAUUCAGGAAAAGUGGAAUUGCACUUGGCUGUAAAUCCUCAGAAGAAGAAAAAGGUUAAUUUGGGAACUGAAACACCUAAACACACAGACGAGGUUAGUAAACUAUUUGAGGUGGCUACCUCAGUUUGCAGGUCAACCGUGAAUAAUCAAAACCCAGUUUCUACAGUGCAUCAAGAGAAAUCUGUUGUUCAUCCUAAUGUAACACAAUCACCAACUCUUCUCAAGUGUUCUUCCUGUCCUUUAUCUUUUCAUAGCAAACAGGAGCUCAUGUUACACCAGGUAAAGCAGCAUGAGAAGGGAGGUACUUCUCAGUGUUCUGAGGGUAAACAAGAUAGUAGUGCAAUUAAACCCAAGAAUCUUCCUCAAAAGCAGAUUAGUUCAUCGGACUUAAAGCUUGAUAGUGAAAGUUGUGAAGAAUCAGUUAUGUGUGAUCAGUGUGGACUGCCCUUUCCUAAUGAUUAUUCCCUUUGUUUACAUAAGAGUGUUAUUCAUGGAACUUCAGUGAACUCUCAGAUAAUAAUUAAAGACUCUAAGGGAUUUGAAUACAAAAUUGUUGAUUCUAAGGAAUCACUAGAGGAAAAUGCAACGAAUCAGGAAAUUCCUGAGGCAUCAUUGUCUGAUGGGAAGAUUCUUGUAAAGUGUGGAAGUGGGAUGCUGUGGGUUAAUUGUUCAAAGUACUUUUCAGAGGAGCAGAUGUCUGUUGUACAAUCUUCAGACUUAACUGAGGUAAACUAUGUGAAUGUUGAAAACAACUCUGUAGUGUUAACUGACCAGAAUAGUUCUACUGUUAGUCCCCAGAGUGUUGCUAAAGUACAAUUUGCAUAUAUGUGUGAUCAUUGUAAACAGGUAUUUCCUAGUAGAGCGGAGUUGUUGCCACAUAUGCAAAUCCAUUUAAAAGAGAAGUAUAGUUGCAGUGAGUGUAAUGCCAAAUUUGCCUCAGUGAAGGCAUUGAAUAAUCAUGUUUCUCUUCACGUUCCUCUUGAUCGUGUUUGUGAUGAGUGUGGUUUAAUAUUAGUAGACAGUAAAAAGUUAAUUCAGCAUAGAAAAGAACACACACACAAUCUCCCUCACGUGUGUGAAACUUGUGGGAAAAGAUUUCCCAAUGAACAGACAUUAGAAGUUCAUGAAACUGUCCACUACACUAAUCCUUUAGUUGAUGGGCAUAAAGAUGAACUUUCUAUUAUUCGUUGGUGUCAUUUGUAUGUCAAAUAUGUAAAAAUUAAAGAUAUUGUGUGA